AUGUAUAAUAUUUUAUUCGAUUCUUCUUCAUUCACGAUCACCAAAAAAUUGGAUCAAAAUAAUACUGGAAUGGACUCUCUUCCAACCCAUCAACGUGUUAAUAACGACGACAGUUACGAUGGUAAAGUAGGUGUUGAAGUCUCUGAUACUUUUUGGGAAAAACAAAGAGCACUUGCUCUAGAAAAUACACAGCAUGCUCAAUGUGCUAUAUCAACCCAAGAAUUAUACCACGAACAAUUGUACCUGGGAGAGUCCAACCAUCAAAAUAUUGAUGACAAUAAUACUGAUAUGAUAGAAACUGAGAAUCACGAUGCAGUUGAUCAAUUUUCUACGACGGCAAGUGUCUCUAUGGUGCCUGAUAUUCUACCAUUCGAAACUUUUAAUAAUGAUCUUGAUUUUAACCCCGAAUGGAUUAUUAAUGGUGUUGAUAUAGAAACAUCAUCAACUAAUAAUAUCACUUCAAGUCAACCUCAAUUUAUUGUAAGUGCACAAAAUGCCGAUAAAUAUCUCCAUAUUCUUUAG